GUGUAAUGAGAAGCCCACCACAUAGCUGUUAAGCUCAUGUUGUCCAUGUUUGUCAAACUUGCACAAUAAAGAUAGCACUACAAAUAGUACAGGUUGUUGUAAAUUAUACAUGUAAUCACCCAGAAAUUCAUUUUAGUGGGGUUUUCUUUUUGAGAAUUAACCCUUACAGGCCAUGCUAGUCAUUCUCCUUUGAAUAAAGGUUGAAUAUUUGAAACCUAACAUUAUGGUUUUCGUUUCAGCUCACGGCUAUACACAACACAAUUAGCCAAUGCAGGCAACUUCUCUGGACAGCCUAGUAAAGCUGCUGGACAUAUCUGGGGUCUGGCUCAACGAGCAGUCUGCAAAUCGGACUGCCGGAUGUCAAGACUAAGGGGCAGUGCUGAAGUUCAUCCUGUCGACUGGCAUAUCCUCUGGGAGUUUGUCAAACCCCAGCUCUUUGCCCUUCUUGGUGCUGUCAUGCGUCCUGCUUUCUAGGGAAGGGGAGCGAGUAGCAGCAGACAUGGUUACCCAAUUGAUACCUGGCCAACAGAUCCUGAAGAACUUCAACCUCAUCAUCCCCCUCUCUAAGACUGUCGCUAUCGUUGGAGAAUCAGGAGGGAAGUCUACAGUGGCCUCCUUGCUGGAGCUUUCCUUUGACCCCAGCAGUGGUGUGAUCAUGUUGGAUGGCCUGGAUAUCCGGACACUGGACCCAUCUCAGAGGACAAGUCAUUUGAUUCAUCAUUCAGGACACUGUGCUGUGAUGGAGAACAUUUGCUUUGGUAAGCGGGGGCUACUGAUGCUAAGGUCAUUAAUGCUGCCAAGCAGGCCAACGACCACCGCUUCCUCACAGGCUUUCCAGAGGGAUACAACCCUGUGGUGGGUAUCUUCUCUUCCUAGGGUGGAAUUGCUGAGCAAAGGAGGGCUGCUGACAUCAUCUGCAGGCAGAGAUCAGAGGGAUAGAUGUGAACAGUAGUUUGCAGAGCUGCCAACUCUCACUUGAUUGGCCGUGAGAUAAAAGCACGCAUUUGACCCUCUUUUCACGCUCUCUUAUAUCUCACAAAUUGUAAAGUACUGCUUUUAUUUUUCAAAUUUGUCCAUUGUAUAGUCAGCACGUUAACUUUUCAACUGUGCUCCAAAUUCUUUUGAAAUCGGAGCAUCUGCGCCUGCAAUUUAACAUCACGAGCGGAAUCUCUAUCAUUGUACUAUCAUUGUCCUGUCUUGCCACAGCACUGUGAACCGCUUCCCAUUGAAGCAUAUGAUUGGUCUAGUUAUGUAAAGGAUCAAGGUGAUUGGAUGCAUGUUUUAAAGAAACACCCCUCAAGAUUAGAGUGGAGCUGAAUGGAGAGAGAAAAUUAUCUACUGAGUUUAUAAAACUAAAGAGAGCAGCACGGUAGCGCUGUUUCAUGUACAAUGUUUUCAAUAAAAUUAGGUUGCUGUUACUCCCAUCUUAUUGCAGAAUGCAGUCUUCUGACAGCAUGUACUAAAGUCGAGUUAAUCCACACUUGCAUUAGUCCCCUCGAUUGGUGAUUGGCAUUUAGGCUGUGACAACAAAAAGGCAGCAGACAGACCUACAGUAUGUUUUAGCAAGGAAGUUUGGUAGGAUGACUUGCUUUGUAAUUAUGAAAAUAAUUUUGCCAAACCAGAUUUUGAACCCAAACUUGUAAGUUUGAUUCUAGAAGGGCAAUGUUAAAUAUAAAAUAAUUUGGGUAGAGUGUAGGGGCAGAUUCAUGUCAUAUUCUCUUCAGGAGAUUUUAUUAGCUAUUUACUUAGUUUAGUCUGAUCAAUAGAACAAUUCUCAUUCUAAACAAUGAGCUAAAAUAUUGGGUAAUUAUUGUGCUUGUCAGCAAGAACACUACUGUUAUUCCCCACAUUUAUUUUAAUAUUCCACUAAUCACAUAUUUGAAAUCUGAUAUGACUACAGUGCAUUCGGAUAGUAUGACUUUUUCCACAUUUUGUUACCUUACAGCAUUCUUCUAAAAUGGAUACAUUUGUUUUUCCUCUUAUCAAUCUACAUACAAUACCGCAUAAUGACAAAGCAGAAACAGGUUUGAAUUUUUUGGGGAAAAUGUAUUAAAAACUGAA